AUAUAUAGGAGGACCCACCAGAGCAGCAUAUAACUAACUACCCUCUCAAGCGGCUCUGCCUUGCUUGCAAAGAAGAAACUUCAUCGACGAGAAAGAAAGAUCCUGUUGUACUACAGUCCACUUCACGGCUCUUUGAAGGACAAUUCCAUUUCUCCUUCCGAUAGUCUACAAUCACAGAAGAAAAGAAAAGGUUUCUGGUGGCCAUGAAGUCGGCAUACCUCUUGUUGUUGGCAGCGGUGGCGGUGUGUGACUUCACAGUGAGCCAAGCACAGAGUAUCCCAAGCGAAGUGGACCUGGAGGAGCGCCCAACGCUUAGGGACAUUCUUCAGCGCGCCGAAAGUCUACUUAUCCGCUCCAUUGUCAGAAAAAUUGAGGAAGAUGACAGUGAAAAUGAUAUGUUGUCACCUCAACUCAACUGGCUAGAGAAGCGACAACAUCCAGGAAAACGCCAACAUCCAGGAAAGCGCGAAGACGACGACUAUGAAGACUACACAGACGUGCAGAAAAGACAGCAUCCAGGAAAGCGAGAGGAUGCCUUGGACGAGUCGCUAGAGCUCCAGAGAAGGCAGCACCCAGGGAAGCGCCUCGUCCUGGAUCAGUUUGCUGAAAACCCGGCUGCCCAGAGCGCACUCUUAAAUGAACUUUCCAAACGGCAGCACCCGGGGAAACGCUACCUUAUGACGUUCAGCAAGCGGCAGCAUCCUGGUAGGCGCGAGAUAGACGAGAGUGACCUGGACACUGGUGACCUCUUGGGUCUGGAGAAUCGCCAAUAUUCUGGGAAAAAGUAUUUGGAUGACACGAUCCAGGAUGUAAGCGUGAGCGGGGGUCCUUGCGACGUUCAGGAUCCUGCUACUUGCAGUAAAGCCAGCCUACUGUUGGAGCUGCUGGAUAACGUGUCCAAACCUCGCCUUGAGGAGAAGAGACAACAUCCCGGGAAAAGGCUCGCAAUAGAAGAUGAUGUAACGGAACAGGAAUGAAGUAGUAUUGAGUACUGAAUGCUUGAACGUGUGAAUAGAGUGUAAAGAAGUAACAAAGAGUUAUUCCAAUAAAGAGAAUUUAAUAAUUGUUAA